CGGCUUUUUAACAAGUUUUUAGCCCAACUGGGUACUGGACUCAGUAAAUGAACCACCAUAUUUUGAGGCCCACGUCUCUGCCGGCCGAUUAAGUUAAUUUUCUUUUUGUUCGUAAAACUCGGAUUCUGGAAUUCACAGUUCAACGAGGACUGGACUGAUGAAUUUGUUCUAGAAAUUUGUGUUGAAGAAAUCAUCAAAAAUGGAAAUGGAGAAGGGUGUUCAGAGAUGGGUUGUAGACAUUUCGAAUUGGAAUCCUUCUCCCGAUUACUUCUCCUUCGUUAUGUCGUUUCUUCCGCAUCAUGAGCAUUCUUCCAUCACCAGGUCCACUCUUCUUCAUUCUGGAUUUCAUUGAUUUCAUGUUAGUUUUUGCGGGUUUAGUUUAAACUUUGAUUAAGAAGCGGGAUUUAUUACUCUUCGAUCACAAGUUUGUUAUCCAUCUGAGUACUUGACCUCACUUGUACUGUUCUUAAAGCUGCUGCCUUUCUGGCAGAUGAUUGAGGUUUUUAAAAAAUAAAAAAAAAAUUCACAUUUAGAGACUGUUGAAAGACAUCUUAGGUGAUGAUUGAAUGAUAUUUGUGUUCAAUUUUUAGGUUUGUGAAAAUGGUUGAUCGGAAACGAGCUCUUAUAAGCAGGUUGCUGCAGUAUGCCCUUGUACAUAAGGUCUUGGGCAUUCCUUUCCAUGAAAUAAUCAUUAAGCGCACAGUCGAGGGCAAACCCUAUUUGGAAUAUGAUGACCAAACCUGUGGAUUUCCGAACUUUAAUUUUAAUACAUCCCAUGACGGUGAUUAUGUGGGAAUAGCUUCUGAACCUGUAUGCCUUGUGGGGAUAGAUAUUGCUACUCAUUCGUCUCCUAUGAAAGAUUCUGUUGAAGAUUUCAUCCAGAACUUUGCAAUAUACUUCUCAAAUUUGGAAUGGUCUGAUAUAGUAAAGUCCGACUCAUCCACAAAAAAGCUGAAUGUAUUCUACAGAUACUGGUGUCUGAAGGAAUCAUUUGCUAAGGCCCUAGGCACUGGCGUGGGAAAUAGAAUGGAUAAUGUUGAAUUUCAUCAUUCAAGCUGGGAAGAUCUUUAUGUUGUCGUUGAUGGUAAAGAAUUGAAAGAUUGGAGAUUUUGGCUUCUUGAAGUGGAAAAAGAUCAUUUGAUAUCGAUUGCCCGGGGUAAUCCUGCUGCUGCUACGACAAGUUACAGGAAAACUUUAAAGCAGACAGACUUUGGUGAGAAGGAGUACAGUCUAGCACUUAACCAUCCAAAUGUACCUUUGAUGUUCCGACAUGUAGAAGAUCUGCUUCCCUUCCCCACAGUAUCCCCUGGAAUCAACAUGGAUGUAUCCACAGAACUAAAGACGACUGAAGAUGAAAAGCUAGUGGAAAGGCAACUUCCCAAAUAGCUACAGAAGAGAUGAAAACAGAUGGUUUUUAACAUGGAUGUCCCGUGAUAUAGCUGCUGAAGAGAGAAGAAUACAUGAUUUAUCAGUUUGGUCAUUUGAGCUAGAGUGUCAAGUUGACAUCUUGCAUGGGUACCUUAUUUGGUUGGGUGCUGAUCUCAUUUAAGUGGCAGUAACAGCAAUCUAAAUUGCUACAUUUUGAUAAAUAGCAGAGCUGCUAAACAUGAAAUUAAAGCAGAGCACAUCUUUCUGGUGCCUGGGAUAUCAGAGAAAUGUACAACAAUACAGGUUGAACCUACCAGUUUGUGGAGUUGCUUCAUGUUACUAGUUUCAACUUUGAAGUCAAUGCUCACUUCAUUUGACUCGGUAGAAUAUGAAAUGCCAAUGAAAUAUGACAUCUUUGUGAUCCACUUUGUGAAGUCUAAUGGUAAUGAAAUUGGGCUUAUUCCGUGAUUGAUUUGUCUGAAUGAUUUUCAUUUCAAUAAAGUUUGUUCACUCUAAUUUGAUUCAAAUCAAUGUAUAAUUUGUAAUUGACUGCGAGGUUGACUUGAUUCAAAUCAGCCAACAAUUUCUCAGAUACGGUGGACCAUUGUCAAACAAAACAAAACAGAGUAAGCCAAGCCAAGGUUCUAAUAGUAGUAAAUUUUUUCUGAUAAAUUUAGAAGAGAAGAGUACAUAAUUUAAGCGAUUGAUCUCCCAUCUGAAGAGAAGAUGAUCAACACUAAUCGACCGAAACACAGAACAACACAGAUCAGAAUCCCUUAUAAGAACCAGAUAAUUUAACUAAACUUCACCCUAACAAAUUAUUCCAGAACAACCCCAUCUUUUUCACCUUGACGAAGACUCUGCCGCCGCCGCCACCUACUUCUUCUCCUCUUCCUCGGCAAAAGCGUUCACCGGAAAGCUUCUGGAAAUCCCGGUAGGGGUACCAAAAGUAAUCUUCCCAGAAUUAGGGUCCUGGAUGGAAAUCUCAGAGAUGGUGACCCAAAUGAGAAACUCCCGGCUCUUGACGCCGGUGAGCUUCUUCAUCCGGCGAUCCUCAACGAAAGCGGUGAUAUCAGUAUCAUAGCUGACGAGACGGUCAAUGAGAGGGAACUUGUGGGUCUUGCUCUUCUUCUGCUUCAGCCACACAAAACCCGUGGAUUCAUUGUAACCCACUUCCGUGAUUUCAUCCAGAGGAAGCAAACCCCUGGGGAGAUUGAUUUUCUCCAGCAGCUCCUUGGAUUUGAUCUUGCAAAGUGUUGGGUCCGUGUAAAUCUCAGCUUUCUCCCUGUUGGUUUCCACUAGCUGCUGGGUCGACAUUUUUCUUCUUUUUUUGGAUUACUGAGAAAUUCUAAGCAAGAAAAGAAGAAAGCCCAAAAGGGGUAGGAAAACUGAUCACAACAAAAGCAAAGAAAAUGUGAAUUGGUGGUGAAGUGUGAUGAAGAAGAUGUUGGGGUUUUGGCUACGGAGUGAGGGCUAUAUACAUAUAUAUAUAUUGAUUGACAGAGAGGAGGUAGGCGAAUCUUCAGGGUUUGCUUCGUCCAGUUACAAAUUUGCCCAUUUGAAGAUGUGAAAAUGACAACCUUUUAUUUUUAAUUUUGAUAACCCAAAAUUUGUGCAGUUUUUUGGUGCAUUGAUAACAGUCAACUCAGGGGGAGGGGGAAGAAAUGGGUCCAAUCCAAAUCAAUGAAUUUUCAUACGUUUCUGGUUCCAGGUUUCCAACAUCUGUUGAGGCGCAACGGUUGGGCAUUCUUUAUUUGUACUACUAUUACACAUUGAAUUGCUACAGCAAUUUGUGUUUUUUUUUUUUCAUUUUUGGGUUCAUUCAUUGAAUUGAAUACCUAAAAUUAUUGAGAGGUCGGUUUUUUGGCUCCUAACAUGUUACCCACGUCAGAGAUGGUUAGAGAAGGGGUAGAUGAGGUUAGAUAAGGUUAGAUAUCCUGCCAUUAAUGCUCUCCCUGCUGCUGCUACUAUGAAUUUUCU